UUCUCUGUUCUUCAUACGGAAUCAGGACAAUCAUCCCUACACUUGCAUCGAUUCACAUUCUUUUUUCAAUUGCUUCCUCCAUUACUUCUUUGAACCAUCAGUCAUUGUGACUGUUUUUGAAGACGCGUUUAUUUUAUUUGCGCCACUGAACUUGGAAUUAGUUUGACAAACGUUAAGAAAAAAAGAACCUCCGAGGUCUUGUGCGUUUUCAAUGGAUUUACUAUACGACACCCAAAAGUUGCGAGCUUUACUUGAGAAGGACCAGAAGAUCAACUUGAGGAAAGGCACGGUAGACACGUUUAAAGAAAAUGGGUAUGAAUCCGUUGACCUGUAUACCAAAAGACUAGUAGACAUGUGCUCGUACGAAUUUCAGAUCGAAGCAGCAAAGGCACUGUUUGGCAAGAUUCCAGACGACCACGAUAUCCGCCAACUCAGACGCGUAAAAAAUAACGCCUUUCGGGGUCCCACCGAUGACGAACUGAAUGAAGAUGAUGGAAAACCAAAUGGAGACAGUGGCGAGGUUGACGGGCCUGACGCAGAGGACUGGGUUCUUACCGGGGAGCCGGAGAUGUACAACUAUAAAGACAUUGUCAUAGCUGCAAUCACUAAGAGUUUUGGCGACGAGACAGACCCCGAGCGGUACAUCGGUUACGUGAGCCAUAUUUCCAAGAUCCCACAAAGCGGCCUCCGUAGAUAUUUUUUUACAUUUGACGCGCAAAUAUCUUCUUCCCAAGAUAUUGACGUGUUAAUGUGGACGAUUGGAAACCUUACAUCCUACGAGCGUGUUGUGAAUAGCCUUUCCGAUAAGGAUGCGAUGAGGUCGAUACCAAAGCUAUUUUUAAAAGCUCCUGUGACAGACAUUAGCCCCCUUACAGACGAUACUGUAGACAUUCCAGAUGGUGUGCCCGAGUCGAUGAAUCAAUCGCAAAAAGUUGCGAUAUCAAGGGCAAUCCAGGAAGAUGGGGACAAGGUGGUGCUGAUCCAGGGUCCUCCUGGAUGCGGUAAAUCGACGACUAUCGCUGAAAUGAUCCAUUUACUUACCUCUCAUGACCGAGGUAACACAGGAAUGCAGGUUCUGGCGUGUGCACAGACGAACGUUGCUGUGGCGGAUCUUGCGUUUAAGUAUGUUACCACUAAAAAGCCUGCCAAUUUUAAGUGUGUUAUGGAUAUGAGGCCACCCAAGAUAACCGAUAGCCGCAAGAGAGCUGUGCUUGAGCCAUUUACAAUUACCGCCCGAUAUCACCAAGUUGUCAAUGCUGUGUUGCAUACCAUCAUACGCGUCUUUGGGCGUACCCCCACCGCGUGUCACGGGAGCACGACAAGAAAUGAAGUUAGGAGUAUUGUGGCCUCCGAUUUCAGGAAGUGUAUGGAAAGUGGUUUAAUCAAGCUACUGCCUCCGAAAGCCUGUAAGCUUCUUAUGUCUAUGGAGGCUGCGAUCAGCGAUUCUGCGCUGCCGUCUACCGAUUUGACUCAGGUGAAACGUCUUGUUUCAGGAAUGCGCAACGAACUAGAGCUCUUUUUUGAACCCGUCGAGCUUGAGUCGUUGCUCGAACUUUGCAGUGUUGAUCAGCAUACCGGCUCGUCGCCACGCUCUAAAACCAUACCUAUUUACGGGUGGGUGAAGCAAGCUCUUCUCGACGAAGCGUCUGUCGUAUUUUGCACGAUUAAUAUUGGGAUAUCGUUGACUUUUAAGAGACGCCUGGAAAGACUAGCGUAUAUCGUUGUCGAUGAGGCAGCGCAGGCGCUAGAGCCAGAUGUGGCUGCACUAAUGUGUGUUGAUUCGUACUUUCGCCGCCUAAUUUUGGUUGGAGACCCAAAGCAGCUUCGAGGAUAUUGUGCGUCCAACCGAGGCAAGCGCGAGAUGAUGGACCGCAGCCUCAUGGAGCGCCUCCAGACAUACCGGCUGUGCCAUUCUACACUCCUCGAUGUGCAAUAUCGCAUGCAUCAAGACAUCUGCAAUUUCGUGUCUCGAACCUUCUACGAUAACAGAUUGACCUCCGAUGCGUCGAUUCAAAGCAGGAGAGCUGUUACAGCACUAGCACCUAUUAUGCACGUUAUGUUCCUGGGAUCUCAGAUGGCACAAUCGACAAUCACGACAACGAGCGUGGUGAAUAUCGACGAGGCUAGAUACAUUGUUGCCCAUGUAUUCAAGGUGUUAUUGCAAUCCAGGCAGAAUCAAGUCCUCUUGACUAAUACUGUGACUAAGUCAAUCUCUUAUGCUGCCGUGACGAAAAACACAGAAAAGGUAGAGACGCGACAGCCUGUAGAGGUCGCCAAGAUCACUAUCGGGAUCAUAUGUAUCUACAAGGCACAGGCCAACGUUAUACGCUGUCUAGUCGAGAAGUCUCAAAACGCCUAUAAAGGAUUUGGAGCCGAAAUAGUAGUUAACACCAUAGAUUCGUUUCAGGGGCAGGAGUGCGACAUUAUCUAUGUAGCGCUUACAAGGACUACACAAAUUAACACUUUUAUGGACAAUGCUAAUCGCGUUAACGUCGCAAUUUCGAGAGCUCGGCACCAUCUGAUUGUAGUGGGAGAUGCAAAACUUUCGCUGGCAGCCAAACAAGACGCCCCAUCAUCCUACUGGCAUAGCCUGUGUAUGGGCAGAAGAUCCAUGGUUAUCGAACCAAAGUACAUCAGGAGCAUGCCUCAAUACGAUGGGCCGGAACGCGUUACUGUUAUGAAGGCUGCGGUAAUACAAGCAGCGCCGGCCACAAUCAAAGAGAUCAUAGCUAAGGGACUGGCUGCCACAACUCCCAUUUGGACUAUCCACUACGAGAGACUCACGAUAGACCCGAAAACCCCGCAAGGGAUCCAUAUACUCGAAUAUGUCGUGCAAGCACUAGCCAGUGGAGAUUUUGACACGGGAAAUGGCGGUAGGACAACAAGACCCUUAUUCGGUAAAAAACAAAAAGGGGCAUCCCUGUUUUUCGUUACCACAGUGUGUGGGGUAGUGUGCCUUGCGUGGACCGUGAGAGUGCACGGGCAGCGCCAGGCCAUUGAGCUUCUUGGCAUCGGAGACAAAACAUUCGUUGAAAAGACGGCCUGGCCGUUGCUCCGUCGCGACAUCGAAGGGCAACCGGAAUGGAAACUCUUUGCGUCUAUGAGCCUGUGGUCGUCUGGUAUAAGCGUAGACCUCUCCAAGGAUAUGCCAAAAAGUACGUCGUUGCUCUAUGUGCCCGCAGAUAUAGAAAUUCCUGUCGACGACGCCUUGGCGGAUGUACCAGAGAAUGGGCACCUUCUGAUCGACCACGACCACAUUAAAGCCAUGUCCUUUAUGAGAUCCAGCCCCACUAUGGUCCUUGGAGGUGGGGGUACUGGCAAGACGGAGUGCAUGCUGGAUAUGAUUGAGCAGCAACUGGACAUGGAUACAGACCUUGGCAACGUGCAGCUCUAUUUGGGAGCGACUGAUUCGUUAGCCAACUGGUCGUCGAUGAGACUAUUAAAACGGGAGAACAUAACGGAGCAAGGCUUUAAGAUGGUAUCGUUCACCAGUCUCCCAUCUCUACUCUCAAAGCUCUACAUGUCGAAUAGCACCAUACGCGGGAAGCUCUUUGUGGAUCGGGAUAUCUUUAGAUCCGAAUAUAUGGAUGCCAUGCCUGCAAUGGUCCGCAGUAUUGGCGCCGAUGAGCUCUACGACGCUAUCCACGCGCGCAUGGAUAUAGAGACAGAGAACGGCAUUAGUUCUCUUAGGCCAGAGUACAAGACAGCACACAAGGUCUAUGAACUGGUCAAAGCGUCGCGUGGCCACAUCGACGCUUACGACCUUCACGCACUCGUCGAGCAAGACCCGCAACGAUUAGUGGCCAUGGCAUCGAAGAUUGCACGCAUCUACUUAGAUGAGGUCCAAGAUAUAUCAUGGACAAUGUGGUCUGUAAUCGAGGUAAUGCUGUCUGCACGCACCUCGAGCGUGGUGUGUGCUGGUGAUUUCACACAGCGACUUACACCAGGGAUUUCGGUCAAUGGUAUAAAAAGCCUCAUCUAUAAACACCUCCCCAAGAGUAUGGAGACCAUUAGAUUCAAGACAAAUUAUCGAUCGGACCCCAACAUUAUAUCACUCGCAAACCGUAUCCAAUCGUACACCCACAUGAGAGAACACGCAAUGGAACCAUCUCUCUACCCUCAGGAAAGCAGCAACUCCGUGACACUGGUAGAGAUACAGGACAUCGAGCAUGAAAACGUAGCCGAUGAUGUGUUGCACUAUAUCGGAGUUCCGUCCAACAACUAUAGAGCUGCGAUCGUCACAUCGUCGUCAUGGGCAUAUCGGCUUCGUGAGACUUUGGGUAAAUCUCACAAUGUCUUUAGUGCUUACGAGUGUAAGGGUCUCGAGUUCGACCUUGUUGUGUGUUGGGAUCUCUUCAACCCAAGCAUGGAUGUAAAAACAUCGACUCUAAGGCGUAACAUGGGGGCUGCCACCUUAGAUAAGGGCAAUAUUGAGGAAGACGAAAACUUUGAGAUAUACUUGAACCAUCUCUACGUAACCGUUACAAGGGCACGCAAGCACCUUAUAAUGGUCGUUCCAUCAUGCGAUAGAUCUAGCAUUAUGGUCAAGGCACUUGGGAUUAGCGAUAUGGUCCAUUACAGUGAGGUUCGGGAGCGUGGACCUCUGCCUGAAAUUAUCAUUCCAAUAGACGAGCUCAGCGUGUCUGACGAUCUAAGAAUGGCGAUUGUGAUGAGAGAAAGAGGAUUGCUCCAGCAGGCCCUCAACGUCUUUGAGCAGUACGGCGACGCUGCACAAGCAGGAUUUACGAGAGCUCUAAUUCAUCGAAAUGAACACAGGCUUCGCGGGGAAGACCACGAGAUCCAGCUUUGUAUUUCUGAGUGUUACGGUGUAAUCGAGGUAUUGCAACAGUCGACGGAUAGUGUUCUCAAAAUCGAGGAUGUAAAGCUAUUCCUUACCCAGGCACUGGUCGCUGAUAAGCAGUAUGCUGAAGCAUGUCUGCUUUACAAGGAGUUGGAGAUGGAAGACGAACUGGUCGCGUGUCUAAUCGAGGCAGUCGAAUCAAAGUCUGGAGAUGUGGUGCGGCUACGAUACCUAAUAUCCGAAAAAGCUGUAGCUAUCUGGGAGCAUUUCAAGGACAACAAGAGAUAUGCAAGAUUUGUUGUUGCGUUAAUGCUUGUGUUUAAAUCUUCGACUGUAGACCUAAUCCAGUCGAUGAUCACGCACAUUCCAUCCAAAGCAGGGCUCACUAUGCUGCACAACUCCCUGAUAGAGGCCGAUAAAAGCGUAUCCCCCAUAUGGGAAGUAUUCCGAAGAAGAAAGUGGCUGCAGGUGGGGUCUGGAUCGGAAGAGUCGGAGGAACUGACAUUCUUAGAAUGGAGCUCAUUGCGGCGCCUCGAUGGCCAACACUCCAACGAAGACUUGGUUUACAUUAUUUCUACUGGUUGCUUGCCAGAAUCUCAGUCGUCAAUAGCCUGUCUGUUUGUUGGGCCUAGAAACAACAAGACUACAAAAACCUUGUCGCUCAAUAUCCAAUCGGGUGCUAUGCUAAAGGCGUGUCGGUCGCUGGAAAUACCUUUGAAGCAUGUUUCAACGAAGAUGAGAGAGCUCUCCUGCCCUCUGACAGAUUUUAUGGCACUCCAUUCCCAAAUAAGUGGGGAAGAAUCAAGAAUGUACCUGCUUGCUGAGGCGUACAAGACGCAUAAGCUCAAGAUGAGGGGUAGCGAGCACCAACUCACUCUCUUUAAAUGGUGUGCUAAGAUGAGUGGAGGUACGAACAUCAUCGAUAUGAUCUGUACCAUGCUUAAGGAGGACAGAGAUAUGUUGCUUGGCAUCUACAGCCCAGAUAACACUAUAAACGUAACACAGAAAGUACUACUUCAGGUGCUGAAUGAGAGGGAUAUAUAGGUACGCUAGUUUAGACUUGUCCGACUGCAGAUCCAUCGAGCAUCAAGUAUCAUAAGUGAUCCACAUUUUCUUAAAAUAAACCACUCUGAUUUCUCCUCUCCC